GCCAGCGGAAAAUGGCUGCUGCAACCUCAAGCCUAUCCUGAUAGACAGAAACGACAUCAAGGUGGAGAGAGUGUGUGAGAGAGAGACGGAGGAAGAUUAGGAAAAUGAGAGCAGAUGGAGAGAGAAGGUGAAGCGAGUCUGAGUGUUUCCUGAAAGGAGGAAUAAAAAAGAAGAGGGAGAGAGGAGAGCCUGGGGUGGGCUGCUGCAAGCGGCGGGCAACACCGAGCCAUGGAGGGCGAUGUGCGUGUUCGCGCUGUGGUGAUGACACGUGAUGACUCCAGUGGCGGUUGGGUUCAGCUUGGAGGCGGCGGCCUCAGUCACGUGGUCAUAUGCAAAGGGAGGAGCCAUGAUGGCAGGAGCCGGAGAGAGUACACCAUUCGUGGAGAGCGACUGCGAGACCGAGCACCAGUACUGGAGUGUGCUGUCCAAAGAGGACUGGUAUACAACAAGGUGAAUCCCAUCUUCCAUCACUGGAGAGUAGAGGAUCAGAAAUUUGGCCUUACAUUCCAGAGUCCUGCUGAUGCCAUCUCCUUUGAAAAAGGGCUGCAGACUGUCUUAGACAAGCUGGAAAGAGGUUCUGACUCGCCGUCGUCCUCCACGCCAGAAGAGGCUGACACUGAAGAUGAUGGUCAAGCUUCCCAUACAGGAAGUGAGUCGUCGUCCAACAGCAGAAAGGAGAUGCUUCCCAAAUCUAUCACCAUAGUGACAAGCGAGUCCUCAUCCACCUGCUUCGUCCUGCCAGAAGAGUUCAGCUUUGGAUCCAGCCAUGCCGUCACCACUCACACGCCUGCUCAGAUCCACACCAGGCCAGGACAGCACCAGCUCUCUCAAAUGACGACUGUGUUAAACCCCCCAGCGCCCCCACCUCCUCCACCAGCUCCACCAACUCCUCCUGCGGGUCCCCCAGCCUCCUCCCCUCUGUCCCCUCUGUCACCAACCAUUUCGCUGCUGGAAGAAGGGGAUCUACGCAGUGUGGAUCCUUGCAAAGAUCUGUGGGGUUCCCGGGGCUAUGAGGAUUAUAGACGUGCGGGUGCGACAAGGACUAUGGUUGGGGGGCUGACAGGGGGAGUUGUCGUCGGUGGUGGGGGGAGUCUACAGGACAAGUCGGAGCUCUGCGUCGUACGCUUCGAGAAGGAGUUGGCCGGAGUGGGUACGGCUGGCUGCGAGGUGACUGUGAGCCUUGACAGCAAAGCCUCCCAGCGCCUGUCAUCGUCGUCGCCUACCUGCAUGUCCAUGCCCAAUGCCGUGUCAGGAGUGUCCUCAGGUGCGGGCUCACCCCAGGAGACGGGUAAAGGAUCCCCCUCCCCUUGCUGCAUCCACACCUCGCUGGCCGCGUCCCGGUCGCGGACUCGUAAGAGAGGAGGAGGGGCCAGCAGCAGCGAUCCGGGGGCCAUCUCGCCCGAUGACGACAGCCCGUGCCCUCAGGCGUCAUCAUCGUGCUCAUCACGCUGCGUGUACUGCCGCUCAGUUUUCAGCGCCUCAGAGAAUGGGCGGGGCCGCUGCAGGGACGCCCCUGACCCGGCCCUGCACUGCCUCCGCCAGUGGACCUGUGUGUGGUGCGCAGAAAGCCUGCUCUACCACUGCAUGUCGGACUCUGAGGGAGAGUUUUGGGAGCCUUGUUCGUGUGAUGACUCUAUGGGGGGCCACCCGCACCCCCUCUGCUGUGCCCGCUGGUUGGCCCUCCUGGCCCUGUCCCUCUUCGUGCCCUGCAUGUGCUGCUACCUGCCUCUGCGCGCCUGCCUGCGAUGUGGGGAGAGGUGUGGCUGCUGUGGGGGAAAGCACAAAGCGGUCCGAUGAGGCCAGGCUGAGGGGUAGGAGGGCUUCCCUGGACCGAGGGGUCUGGGUAUCAGUUGGGUGGAACAGGUGCUCUCAGCGGAACCAGACAUCCAACGCAGUCCUCCAAAGCCCCACAGCCUUCCACUGAUUUCUGCUCUUUCUCCUUUCAACCGGGGGGCCUUCCUCAAUGGUCCAUGCCUGCUGCAGGUGCUCUGCACUCAGACCAGGCUCUUUGGGAGUCAUCUGGAGCCUUCGUAGUGGAUUUACCGGGGCGUGGCUAUAAAGCCGUCAAUGACGUUAGUAAAGAAGGAAGGUUGGCAGAGGCAACAAUGGUGUGUACACUGUUUCAAAUGUCCGUUUGUUUUUUGUUUUUGUUUUUUUUUUAUUUAGCAAGAAAAUCUUUGAAAAAACAGCAACAAAAGAUGUUUAUAUAUAUGAUUGUUAUAAUUUUAAUUGGUAUAUUUUAUUAAAUGUAAAACACAUCAACAGAAUCCCCAAAUGGCACACACACAUAUACACACCCUCACGUAUUCACAGACACAAGCUCUUGGGGAAGUUAUUUGUUCCAUGUUAAACAGACGUCACCCUUUACCUCUAAUUUUACCUCAGAUGUUACUCAAACCUGGGUUAGAGAUUAAAAAAAGGAGAAACACAAAGGGCGAAAGAUUCAGAAAGAGCAAGCACAAACAAGUGCAGUUUUCAUCCAUGCAUCUGAGACCACAAGCAUCGUCUUCUAGUUAAAGUGCACGAAUUAUCAAAUGCAAACAGACAAUUGAUGUUAAGGGAAGCUGCAAUGACAACUACAAAGACGUACAAGUCAUAAUAGUCCAUGAUAGUCCUUGGUGACCUAGCUUUGGUUUCAUCAGAGUCGGCCCAAUGUUGUACUUGGCUGUAUUUAAUGUGAGGAGGCCCACUUCCUGUUAAGCCCAUCUCCCACUGGCGACUACUAACAGUUUCAAUGCAGAUUUGUACAAGUCAAGAAGGGGUGCCUCAUUUUUAACUGGCUGUGCUUACAAGCAAUCAUGGCUAUUACUGGGAUGCAAAAAAAAUCAGAACAGUACUGGGUAAAUAAAAUAAAAACAUACCUUUAUUUAUAGGGAAAAUAAAACCAUCCAAACUAGCUUAGACCUAAAAAAAGCAAUCACCGCCCCUAGAUAGAAUAUGAGAAUAUAAGAAAAUAUGUUAAAUAGAUUCUGUCUGACAUCCUGACGUAUAUCAGAACACUGUAAUGUUUUCCAGCAUUUCCACUCAAAACCCAAUAACCUCUAGAGAUUAUGAUCAGUUAUAUUUGAGUGAUAUACCUCAAGAUGUAAAUACCUAAUAUUGUUAUUUAAAUGACAGCUGAUGAAAAUACUGAAGAUAGUUUUUUUCUUCCCAAAAUUUGAAUAGUAUUUUAAAAGCCUAAUAAAAACUAUGACAGUAUCUGCCCUUAGCGUUUAGUUAAUGAAUAAGUGCAUCAAAGCAGAUUUGAAUGGAGGCAAACAGAUUUGCUGGGAUGUUAAGGAAAUAUACCCUGAAAAAAAUAAUGCAACCGUCUUUGGCAUUUACUUAGUUAUAUUUAGUUACUUUAUCACAAUUGUUUCAUGUUGGCAAGGUAGGAAUAAAACAAUUGUGUAAAGUAAACAAAUACAGUAUAAUUAAGUAAAUGCCAAAAGCUGUUGCAUUAUUUUUUUUAUGUAGAUUGCCUUUAAUAUUGUCCAUCAGCUCUGCAUUGUUUUCUUAGGUGUCUUUUAUCAAUAUUCUACUGAUUCUCUGAGAUAUUUAGGUCAGGUGAGUCCACCAGCCAAUCAAUACAUGGCAAUACAUGGCCGUUAAAGCACUUUGACGCUCUCUUAAAAGAAGUCACUAUUUUACUAGAUGUGAAUCAUCUAGAGAUGUUCUGAAAUCUCCUAGUAGACGGCUGUACUAGCUGCCCUUACUGUGGACGCUCCACAUUGGACCACAACCAAUUUGGCUUUUGUGCCUCUCUUUUCAGUCUGCAAACUACUGGACCUUCAUCUCCUUAUGAAAGGAUAAAUAUAUUUCACAUCAUAAGAGGAGUUUGCACCUUUUUAGAAGCCCUUUUACUGCUCAGGCCAGACACUUAUGAUGAUGCCUCUCGCUAAAGAGUGGUUUAACAUUAGGAAUGUGACCGUUGUCUUGAAAAGGUCUGUAGAAGUGACCCAAAAAGCUUUUCAUUUUUUUAUUAACUCAACUAACCAAUAUGCUUACAGACAGUUAGCUUUAUACAGAUUGUUUAGAAUUUACAUUUUGUUGUCUGCCUUCCUAACUGGAUGGUUGGUGACUGAAUACUGGACAAUUGUUUAGCAAACUUCCUCAUCGACCAUUGUAUUUGAAACUGAAUGUUUGGUUUUCAUCAUUAGAAAACUAUAGCCGUUAAAGUCAGCAGGAAUGCUGCUUGACGUAUAUCACUUUUUUUCUAACUGACCUUUACUUGACUUUAAAUUUCUGAGUGAAAUUCGAAUAAAAAUCGAAACUCUUUUCUAUAGAUUUAAUGCAGUUAUAUUUAGCAGAUGUUGAAUACAUUACAGGUUUUGUAAUUCCCAAAUCAACUUUUUAGAAUUAAAAGCAAUUCUCAUUACAAAACAGUACGUUUUGGGUAAAAAUAUUAAUUCUGUGAAAUGUUAAUCUGAUGGUUGUUUAGACCCUGAGGAGGGGCUCAGUUUUCUUAUACCUUGGGCCGACUCUGUGCAUCAAGCAGUAAACACCAUUCAUUUGCACGUUUCCCCCCAUUUUUCCAUAAAGUUGUGAUAUUAUUCAUAAAAAACACCUGAUCCCACUCACAUACCUGAUGAAUCAGAUGAGCUGCUUAAAACUGAGGCCUCUGAUUGAGUUUAUUCUACCUAACAGACACACAGGGACCCUACAGGAUCCAGAUCAACAGAGAAACCACCAAAAAAGAAAGUGCAAUGUACAUCUAGGACAGGAUAUUUAUGUACCAGUCCUCCAGGUUGGGAAUUAGAAACCAAAAAGUUUAAAGUGGUGCUGUGUUUAGUAUUAGUAGCUGAACAGGAAAGGAGCAUACAUUUUAAAAUGCUGCUGCAACUUCUAAGGAACAGAAUCCAUCUUAUGUCAGUUUUUAGUUUGCAGAAUAUAAAAAUAAAAAGAAUCAAAUAUGACACAAAUUUAUUUUAUUUAACAUGCUUGACAUUCUGGCUGUGACUACUGUCUCUAAAAACUAAAACUACAUCUUUUAUGAUCAAGGGGAGCGAAAAUGUAUACAAAAAAAUAUGAACCAAAAAGCAUACAAAUUAGUAAACAGUUGCACUUUAUUCUGAAACGAGGAUUUCUAUAAUAAAAAUAAAUGCUUUUCAUCAGUUAGGUUGAAUGCACUUAUACAGCAGCGCUUUCAAUGUGUGCAUGUUUCUCAUCAUUCAAUUGGCUGCUGCAAAUUCUUUCUUUAAACAUCACACUGGUUUGUAGAAUCAGUAUUGUGGAGGUAUUUGUUAGAAAUUCAAAUUUAUAGCGAUCUCAACAUUUCCUUCUCUACUUGAUGAGAAAAAUGUGGCGAUUAUGAUAAAAAUGCAUUUUAUCCAGCUGUAUUUGACAAGGCCAGAAAGUUUAUCAGGGAAAUACUUUUGAUUUAUUUCGUUAUGAGCUAAAAUGUAACACAAAUGGCUUAACGUCCACCAAGAGCUGUAAAAUCCCAAUCUUCUCCACAGGUUGUUUUUCAAAGCCCCCCUGCAACAAUAACUUGGUGGAAAAAAACAAAACAAAAAACUGAUACCUGGAGAUAGAGAACAUUUUUCCCAAACUUGUUUCAGAACUUACCCUUGAUUUAAGCUUCUUUUAUUUAGAUUCAUGCCUCAGCCUGAACUAAAUACUCUAAAGUCAACAGAUUUCCCACCUUGUCAUAAGAAUGGCGGCGUAGGGUACAACCAUAGUGACAUAUUGUGAAAAAGGUAAGAACACAAUUUAUGGGAAUGUUAUGAAUAUUUGAUAUAUCGAGGGCAAAAAAAGCCACGAUUCAAUACACAACUUGUCAAAGAUUUUUAUUAAAGAGAAAUUAAACUGUAGAAAAAGAUAUUUAAAGAAAUGCAUCUAAAAUUACUUGAGUUUCUAUUUGGUAUUUAAUUAUUUAAUAGUCUUGUGUUGGAGCAAAAUACAAAUUUCUCUUAUCUGUUUUAAAUGUCAGCAAAAUGCAAGCUGAUUGGUCGGCAGUUGAAAUGAUUUGCAAUUCAACCAAUCAGGUAACAUCAUUUAUUUAAUCAGCAAAAGCUGCUAAACCGAAGCACAGAAAAUAUGAAAUUAUUAAAUCAAUACUUAAAUUAAGAUUUCUCGUUUUUUAUCUAUUGCAGUUUGAGUUAAUAAUUAUUCUAAUUUGUUUAUUUUAACAAAAACUUAUAGAUGUUUCAAAAAUAUUUUUGUAUUUAUCAUAGUUUAUUAUUC